CUUUACCCCUCCUCUUCACCCCCUCCCCUCCUUCACUAGUUCAGUAUAAAGGGCCAUUACACUGUUGUGUGGCUCAGUGUUUUGUCGGUAAGGGAUUUGUCUUGGCGAACUGGUCUGUGUGCUGCUUUGUCCACCUACCUGCAUAGCAGUUACAUCUCUGAUACGACUGCCUACCUACUCUAGAGAUCUUGGAAGCCAGAGUUACGGUGUUAACAUACCAGUGGAAAUCCAUCCUUACCAGUGUUCUAGAACCAUGAGCAGUAACUACAGUGUGUCCCUGCUUGGCCCGGCCCCAUGGGGCUUCAGACUGCAGGGAGGAAAAGACUUCAACAUGCCACUCACCAUCUCCAGGCUCACGGACCUGGGAAAGGCAGCCAAGGCACGUAUCGCAGUGGGCGAUGUGGUCCUGUCUAUUGAUGGCAUCAGUACUGAUGGAAUGAACCACCUGGAAGCUCAGAACAAGAUCAAGGCCUGCGCUGGUAACCUCAACCUCACCCUGCAAAGAGCCUCCACCAUCCCAAAACCUGCCGUGGCCCCGAAGCCCUCUGUCUAUAACACGCCCUUCAACCUCUACUCCAACGAGAACGCCUGCGAGGUGGCCAUGGGCCAGAGGCGGGGCCUAACGGAGAGCCAGGGAGGAGCCGUGCAGUUGAACGGUGGACCACAAAGCAUUCUGAAGGCAACUCCACCUAAAAGGGUUCCUAGGAGGCCCAUUCUGGAGACAGACAUUGAGUUCUACCACGUGCCUUCCCAUGGAGACGCCAGCAAGAAGCGCCUGAUGGAAGACACAGAGGACUGGCGUCCCCGCAGUGGCACCACCCAGUCCCGCUCCUUCCGAAUCCUGGCCCAGAUCACCGGCACUGAACACCAGCAAGCACAGGAGAGCGAUGCGGAGAACAAGACAAACUCCUCUCCAGUACAGCCACUGACACAUCUUUCUCCUGUGUCUGCAGUACAGCCACUACUCUUCCCAAAGCCAGUGAGGUACGGGAAUCAUACCAAUCUACUCUAUCCCAAUGUCCUUAUCAGUGUAAAGUCUGCUGCCCCCUUUCCUCUGUUCUAUGGGUGCAGGCGAGAGCUCCUGUUGAACCCACUGGAGUUCCUCCCUCGAGGUGGUCCCUGCCCACCGGCCCUCACCCCUAGUGCACCGACUCUGGCUAUACGGUCCCAUUCUACUGUUAUUGGUUUACAGGCCAGAACCCCGCACAGGUCACCUGAUGGGACGGUCUCUCAGUCCCUAUUGGAUGCCUUGCUCAUUACACCUAUCACCACCCUCCCGCCCCUCCGCCUGAGGAAGAAGAAGCGUCGGAGUGUUAGUGCCUUACACCUGCCCAACAACAAGAGAGUCUCCUGGCACCAAUCAGUCACUGAUCUGGGUGACCCCAACCUCUCCUCUCCUGUCAAUGCUGUCUAUAUCUUUAGUGAGGAGGUGGAGGAGCCAGAGACCACUUCUCACAUGUCGUCUGCAGUCAAGACCAUGACCAAAGGACCUGCUGGCAGCCCCAACAACUCCAUCACCUUUACCACCACUCAGGGUGAACUGUGUUCAGGUUUCCCUAAACCAGGCCUUCAGACAUGUUUUGGGAUGAGGGGAAACGGCACCACCAGUGUUCUCUCUAAGGGCCCUGUCCCAGAGAGGCCGGCCCCCCAGCCCCAUCCCAAAGACCAGGACACUCUGGUGCAGAUGGCCGAACACAUCCCUGCAGGGACACGCACGCCCAUGUGUGGCCACUGCAACAUGGACAUCAGAGGCCCAUUCCUGGUGGCCAUGGGAAAGUCCUGGCACCCCGAAGAGUUUAACUGCGCCCACUGCCGGACCUCCCUGGCAGACAUUGGCUUCGUGGAGGAGCAAGGCUCGGUCUACUGUGAACACUGCUACGAGGACUUCUUUGCACCUUCCUGUAGCCGCUGCCAGCUAAAGAUCCUGGGGGAAGUGAUCAACGCCCUGAAACAGACCUGGCACAUCCAUUGUUUCCUGUGUGCAUCGUGCCAGCAGCCCAUUAGGAACAACACCUUUCACCUGGAGGAUGGAGAGCCCUACUGUGAAAGAGACUAUUACUCCCUUUUUGGUACCGGUUGCCAUGGUUGCGAGUUCCCCAUAGAGGCAGGGGACAAGUUCUUGGAGGCUCUGGGCUUCACCUGGCAUGACACCUGUUUUGUGUGUGUGAUCUGCUGCACCACUCUGGAGGGUCAAGCCUUCUUCUCCAAAAUGGACAAGCCUCUGUGCAGGAAACAUGCACAUAGUGUGGUGAAAAUAUGAGCAAGGACAGGAGCAGAUGGCGAGAGGAGAGCUGGAGGAAGAAGGAGCAGAUGGCGAGAGGAGAGCUGGAGGAAGAAGGAGCAGAUGGCGAGAGGAGAGCUGGAGGAAGAAGGAGCAGAUGGCGAGAGGAGAGCUGGAGGAAGAAGGAGCAGAUGGCGAGAGGAGAGCUGGAGGAAGAAUGAGCAGAUGGAGAGCUGGAGGAAGAAGGAGCAGAUGGCGAGAGGAGAGCUGGAGGAAGAAUGAGCAGAUGGAGAGCUGGAGGAAGAAGGAGCAGAUGGCGAGAGGAGAGCUGGAGGAAGAAUGAGCAGAUGGAGAGCUGGAGGAAGAAGGAGCAGAUGGCGAGAGGAGAGCUGGAGGAAGAAGGAGCAGAUGCAGAGCUGGAGGAAGAAUGAGCAGAUGGAGAGCUGGAGGAAGAAGGAGCAGAUGGCGAGAGGAGAGCUGGAGGAAGAAGGAGCAGAUGGAGAGCUGGAGGAAGAAGGAGCAGAUGGCGAGAGGAGAGCUGGAGGAAGAAUGAGCAGAUGGAGAGCUGGAGGAAGAAGGAGCAGAUGGCGAGAGGAGAGCUGGAGGAAGUACGCUUGGCUAGACGGGGAACUUAUGUUAUGACUGUUGAUGCUAUUGGAGUAUCGCCAGAACUAAACACCUCAGUCAGGGAAAGUCCAGAAGAUCAGAGGGAUCUCCAUGGAUACAUCCCAAACGGUACCCUAUUUCCUAGGUAGUGCACUACUCUUGACCAGAGCAUGGUUGUAUCCAUGGAGAUCACUCUGAUCUUCUGGACUUUAUCUAACUGAGGUGUUUAGUUCUGGCGAUAAAGUGUUGUUUCCUGCUUUGUGUCAAGUAUGAUAGGCAAUAUGUAGUCAUAAUAAUCAUAUGUUGGGUGCUUAUAUUCCUAUUUUUAUUGUCUAUAAAUCUAUCCAUGUAUACUCCCCCCCCCAUAGGAGUAUUGUGCCAUUCUACCAUUCUUCUGUAUGCUGUCAUGGGCAAGAUGCCUCUCGUAAUGAGACUAGACUAAAACGAUACGUUUGUUUUGUUUUGAAUGGCCAAAAUCAACGAUGUGUAUAUUUUACAUGUACAUCUCAAAGAAUACAGAAUUUUGAAAAGCGGUAGAGGGGAUAUCGUUAAAGCUAAACCAUGCUCAUGCCCAUGGUGCAUUCAACUGUUAGAAUUGGUCCCAGUUGAAAAAAUAAAUACAUGCAAUUUUCCUCCAACAAAAAACAUCUGCAUUGGGAUGUGGUGGUUUGACUGUUUGAUAUCAUUUCUACCAACGUAAUAGAAUCUACAUUCAACUUAUUGUAUUACCGUUUCCAAAAGCCAAGUUGUUGUUGUUGUUGGCUACCCAUCAUACUGUACAUGAAGGGAUUUGAGAAAUAAUGUUUGUAAAGAAGUAUAUUUUUGAGGCUGCUGUUUGUAGCCUGAGUUCCAGUCUGUUUGUGCUAUCAUGCCAACUCCUUGUCAUUGUCAUGUCAUGUUUCGCUUGACGAUAUAAUUGGCAAGAGCAAAAAAACAGGCUAGCUGUUUCAUAGCCCUCGGAAAAUGCCUACACUGAGAGGAUGAGAGAAAACUGAAGAGUGAGGGGAGAAGUCAAGACAUUUUCCUUAGUCUGUUUUUCCCUGAAGUCUCUUGAAGUCUCUUGCAGUGGAGGUUGCUGGGGGGAGGACGGCCCAUUAUAAUGUCUGGAACGGAGCGAAUGGAAUGGUAUCAACCACGUGGAAACCAUGGAAAUCACGUGUUUUACCAUUCCAUCUAUUCCCCUACAGCCAUGACCACGAGCCCAUCCUCAUCCAAUUAAGGUGCCACCAACCUCCUGUAGCCUCUUGGUAUGAAUCUAACUUCACUAUCACUCCGUCUCAACAGAAUGAAUGAUUGAAUCUUGUUGUUGUUGAUAUGGAUGAACGGUACAGAGGACAAGGAGUAAACCAAGUCACAUAAACCAAGUCUUUCUAUGGUGAUAAAAAAAAAAAAACAUGUUUAUUUAGCUCUUGAUUUAUUAUAUAUCUUCUAUUUCACAGUUUGUUAUUAUUAAAAUGUUAGUCCAAAAGGUUAGAGUAAGGUCUUGGUCCAUACUGUAAUUCUCACAUCCUGAAAUCAUGUCACUGGUAAUGGAGUGUAACAACCCUUCUCUUUUAACCUCAACGGUCUCAAUUAGCAUUAGAUUCAACUGUAUGGCCUGUCAUAUGGCAUACGUCACUGUUACAUGAAUGACUUAGCACUUCACAUCUUCUAACACUGGUUCUCACAGGGUUUAACGUUCACAUUAAGUGGCCUGUGUCGUGGAUACUGGCAGACACAACCUACCGUAGGCUACCAGAGUCGACAUGUGUUCAAAUCCAAACCGCUGCCUUUCUGCCUCGCCAUCCGUACUUCAUUUCCUGUCUGCUCUUCACUAGUCUAUCUCAAUCAAAUUAUUAAAAAAUAACAAAAAAUAAGGUAAUUAACAUUCUAAUUAGGUUAUUACCCUUUUUGUGAAAAUCAUAUGAGGAGGAUUACUGGUCCUGUCUUUGCAAAUCCUAUUGGUUAUCUUAACAUAUCAAUUAAGACCAUAUAUUAUAAUUAGAUUGAUGUGAAAAUAUUCCUGUAAAAGCAUAUUUAAAGGUGCAAUACGCACCUUUAAAUAUGCAAUUCCUGGUUGCAAAAAUUCUAAUAGUUCACCUAAUUUCUGUUUAUGUGACAAAACAAGGUAUCAUUGUGUAGAGCAUCAUUGUACUAUCUAAACUGCUGUGAAAUAUAUUUUCCAUAACCAUAAAUAGUGUAUUUUCUGCUGUUUGAAGCUGGUGUACAAAACUGAAAGUAAAAGAAGCAAAAACAAACCAUAAGAAUGGUAGGCAUAGAAAUAGCGCACAUAGAAAACAUCUAACGCUUCUUAGACUUGUUUUCAACGAGAAUGACAGAUCUAUAACUCACAUUUCUUUGUGAAUUUGGUCGGGUUGCCCAAAAAUGACAUAAUGCAUCUUUAAAAGCAUAGUGUAGUGGAAUCAUCUUCCUGUUCAUUGUUUUAACAAGAGUCAUGUAAUCACCACCAUGGCCCUCAAUGGGUUGUAUUUAUGUCUUCUGAAUAAAGAGAACAACAUAAUUCAAUGCAUAAUGAUGUAAUCUAAAUGAAAAAUAAACCCCCCCUGAAAUUUGA